UCGAACAUUUUUGGACGACACGGGCAGUUUAACGUGUGCUGAUUUCUCCCGCGGGACUUCUCGGUUCCAAACACAUUUCUAAGGACUUCACCCGCCAUUGCACUGAUACAAACCAAACCCGCAUAAGCAGACGGAGACGCUGACUUAUGGCGCGCUCCCACACCGUAUCACAGCCAACUGACGCCCCGUGCAGCUCCGAUCCCCCCAGCCUGCCAGCUCUCUGCUGUCUGGCUUAUCAGCGCUGCUGCUGCUGCUGCUGCUGAUGAUGUUGCUGAUGCUGCUGGAUGCUGCACGGUGGCGCAGCCCAGAUCCAACUGGAGGAUUUGAGGAUGGAAACGUGAGGACAGCGGGUCUGUCGGAAGCGAUGGAAUAACCCACAAGACCCCAGAAUACACUCGUGGCUUUCAUUUGAUCCAUCUCUCAGAGAAAAAAAAAAAAAGAAAGAAAGAAAAGAAAAGAAAAAAAGAACCUGCUGCCUGUCGUGAAGUCGCUCCUGAUGGGAUUUUACUGAAGCGCGUCACUCCGGAUCAGGUGCGCCGGCUUCUCUUUAACUCACCUGGGAUGAUGAUUUCUGCUUAUUUUCCACCGAGCGCACAGGUGGGAGUGUGGAUUUAAAUCCCAAAGUUUGGAUCCUCUCUUCCUCUGGAUUUCUUCUCCUUUUCUUUUGCGCUGCACGGGGAAUGGCAGUUUGGAGAUGAACGCGCCUCGUUUAACACAUCAGCCCAUUCUGGAUGGGCGCUGUAGAUGUUAUCGCGGCCGCUCUGGCAGAUGAUUGUGCGUCUGGAUUCGCACCGUGGACACCUGCCGCGCUGACGGAGAGCUGCGUGCUCAGCCCGCGGUCGUUUCUCGAGGAAAGUUUGUGACUGGGACGCGGUGGAGGAUGAAGGCAGCGCGCCGCGUCGGGCUCCCCUAGACCUCCCGCUGACUGCUCCUUUCAUUCUUUGCACGUGAUUUUAAUCGGAUUCAUCAUCUGUGGAUGGAUUUGUGAUAAGGUGAUUCGGAGGUAGAGCUGGAGAAUGUGUAUCCGAACUGUGGAGUCCUGCUCAGGCUGGAGGGGAGAGCAGCGGAUAUCCCGAUCCCUUCCUGGGACUACAGGUGUUCCCUGUGCACAGUGACUCCAAAUCCCAAAAUGCCGUGCUGUGGAUAGAGAGGCUGCCCUGUGGGUCGAGCUGACCUGUGUCUACCUCCCUACACCUCCUCUCCUCAUCAUUUCCUAGCUCCUUUGCCCUCGCAUUUACCUUUUACUUUGUCUUCACCCUUUAUCCUCUCUGUCCUCCCUCCCUCUUACCUGAUCCUCUCUCACAAACCCUCUGCUUCUCCGUUGUUUCCUCUCUGCUGCAUCAGCCUCUCACCCCCCCCCCCCCCCCCCACAACUCCUUCUCCUCCUGUCCUCUCCGCCUCCCCUCGUUCUACCCACCACAUCCUCCUCUUCCUCCCCCCCGCAGCACACAUGCAGGCCAAGAAGCGGUACCUGCUCGUGUCUGUGGGGGCCGGUCUUCUCUUCCUCGUCUACCUGUGGGCUCUGCAAAUCGGGGAGUUCCAGCAGCAGCCGUACCAGUACCACCAGUUUCCCCAGUACCCACAAUACCACCAGUACCACCAGCAGGAAUACCAGUACUACCGCCAGAGCCAGGAGGUGUACCAGCCCCAGCCCCUGCCGCAGAGAAGCCCGUCCAGACCGCCCAGGCACUGGCCCGAGUCGGGCCAGCUGCUGGAGCCGUACCUGGAGGGGGGAGAGCAAGAGGAGGACAGCCCUCAGCUCCAUCACCAGCACACCUCGCCUCGAGAACGUCGUGCCAUCCGCGACAACAUCUACAAGAACAAACGCUGCCGCAUGGAAACCUGCUUCGACUUUUCUCGCUGCCAGUUCGGCUUCAGGGUUUACAUCUACCCUCCACAGAGAGGGGACGAGGUUUCCGAGACCUACCAGAAGAUCCUGUCGUCCAUCGAGGAGUCUCGCUUCCACACCACAGACCCUGCGCGGGCCUGUCUGUUCGUCCUGGCCGUUGACACGUUGGACAGGGACCAGCUCUCGGCUCAGUACGUCCAGAACGUGCGGCUUCGCAUCCAGAGCCUGCCGACUUGGAGCGAUGGCAGGAACCACCUCAUUUUCAACCUCUACUCGGGCACCUGGCCGGACUACACGGAGGACCUGGGCUUUGAGGUGGGCCAGGCCAUGUUGGCCAAGGCCAGCGCAGACGUGGUCAACUUCAGACCCAACUUUGAUAUCUCCAUCCCUCUAUUCUCCAAGGAUCACCCGCUGAAAGGAGGGGGCAUAGGCUAUCUGACGCUCAACGAUGCACCGCCCUCCAGGAAGUACCUGCUGGUUUUCAAGGGGAAGCGAUACCUGACGGGCAUCGGUUCUGAGACGAGGAACGCUCUGUAUCACAUCCACAACAGGGAAGAUAUUGUGCUGCUGACCACGUGUAAACAUGGCAAGGACUGGGAGAAACACAAGGACUCUCGCUGUGACAGAGACAACGAAGAAUACUCAAAGUUCGACUACCAGGAGCUGCUCCAUAACUCCAGUUUCUGUCUGGUGCCCCGGGGGCGGCGGCUUGGAUCAUUUCGCUUCCUGGAGGCCCUGCAGGCGGCCUGCAUCCCAGUUAUACUGAGUAACGGCUGGGAGCUUCCCUUCUCCGAAGUUAUCGACUGGAGGAAAGCCGCCAUCAUUGGAGAUGAGAGGCUGCUGUUACAGGUUCCCUCCAUUACCCGGUCUGUGGGCCAUGACAGGAUCUUGGCUCUCCGCCAGCAGACUCAGUUCCUGUGGGACGCCUACUUUUCCUCAGUAGCCAAAAUCGUCUUAACUACUCUGGAGAUCAUCCAGGACCGCGUGGACUCCCAUGUGUCAAGAAGCCGCUUGUUGUGGAACUCCCUCCCCGGUGGUCUCUAUGCACUCCCCCAGUACUCGACUGACCCUGCCCAGUUCCCUUUUUACUAUGCCAUACUGGGUAAGAGCCCCUCGCAGCAGUUUACAGCAGUGAUCCAUACAGUUACUCCUCUGCAGUCCCAGAUCUCCCCUGUGGUGAAGCUCAUCAUCGCCGUAGCCAAGUCCAAGUUCUGUGCACAGAUUGUGGUUUUAUGGAACUGCGACAAGCCUUUACCUCCUCGGAACAAGUGGCCCUCCACCAGUGUGCCUCUCGCUGUCAUUGAAGGACAGACCAAGACGAUGAGCAGUCGUUUUUACCCCCACGACGUCAUCCUCACCGAUGCUGUUCUCAGUCUGGAUGAAGACUCGGUUCUCUCGACAAAUGAGGUGGAUUUCGCCUUUACCGUGUGGCAGAGCUUUCCGGAGCGCAUCGUCGGCUAUCCCGCAAGGAGCCACUACUGGGACAGUUCCAGGUCCCGCUGGGGCUACACCUCUAAAUGGACCAAUGACUACUCCAUGGUCCUGACGGGGGCAGCUUUCUACCACAGAUACUACCACUACCUGUUCACCCACUACGUCCCGGCCAGCCUGCUGAACACGGUCGACCGCAUGGCUAAUUGCGAAGACAUCCUGAUGAACUUCCUGGUGUCGGCCGUGACCAAGCAGCCGCCGAUCAAAGUCACGCAGAAGAAGCAGUACAAGGAGACCAUGAUGAGCCAGGGCUCCAAGGCAUCUCGCUGGGCCGACCCAGACCACUUCGCCCAGCGACAGACCUGCAUGAAUGCCUUCAGUCAUUGGCUGGGUUUCAUGCCCCUGCUGCACUCCCAGAUGCGGCUGGACCCUGUGUUGUUCAGGGACCAGGUUUCCAUCCUGAGGAAGAAAUACAGGGACAUUGAGAAGCUGUGACGGCACAAGGAUACACACCGAAUCGUUAACGGAGAGAGAAAGACACAGAGGCUGGCCUUGUGAGUGCGUGCUCCUUUGUUUCCUUUCCGAGAGGCUGUGGCGGGAACACACGCACGAAACGUGAACAUUUAUGAGGCUAUAAAAGAAAACUCACACAUGCACUGGACAUAAAAAUGAUAAAACACUGAGGUACGCAGCAGAACAUUAAACUGUGUGUUUCUAUGAAAAAAAAAAAAACACUGAUACUGUAUGCGUGGUUGUUAACAGCGAGCGUCUGUUAAUACCGCCAUCUGUGAUCAUGCACAUAAAAAUGAAUGCAUGGAGACACAUGCAACAAAGACCUGGACACAAUAAAGACAGUCCUGACCACAGACGUACGUGUGUGUAUGUAUGUGUUGCAUGGUUGGAACAAGGCGACUGUAUGAGGACCUGAAAAACAUCUUGUGUUUGAAUAAAAAGAGGAGUUUGUCGCUGAAGUUGGACUGUUGUCAGUAAGGACAACAAUGUAUGACAAAAGUCUGAAGAGAUUUAUGGACAAUAGCUUGUAUUCUUUCAGUUCAAGGACACACUCUCUGGGUACUGUGUACAGAAAAGAUAUAACAUGAACAAAAGGGACUGUAGCUUCAUGGUCAGGCUACAUGACAGCUGUAACUCCAAAACACCCAGAGACAAUAAGCCUCUUGUAUACUAUUGUAGAUUUUCAGCAGCAGUUGAUGUCUAUAUGAAGAAAACAAAAAAUAAAAUAAAGAGAUGUUAUAAGUCAA